GCUCCCUUCAUGUAUGCGCGCUGUAAUGGCCGCACUGCCACGUCAUCAUGAGAUUAUGAGUAACAAAAUAGAGUACAACAAAUCGGAUAAUCGGAUAGUUCACGGUGACUUCUCCUGAUGAGACAUUUUUUUUCUUUUGGCUUCGUGGCAGUAAGGGCUCGUGGAAAAUAAAGAGCAGUCUUCGCUUCGCCGCCGUAGAGAAGGAACCUCUUACCAGUUCUUCCCAAUGACCCCCUUUGAAAACCUUUCUGGUGGCUACUGGUAUGGCAUUGUUUUUAUGGCUAUAUUCCUGGGGAUCACAACCAUCCAGUCGAGAGCUUAUUUUCUGAAAUUUCCCGGCGACCCCAUCGUGACGAAAAUUCUAGUUGUGGUGCUAUUAUUGGCCCAGGUCUUUGGUUUCGGAUGCUCUGUGGUGGCCCAGUAUAGGAUGAUCGUUAUUCGCGUAGACUCAGCAUUCAAGGAUUCAUGGUAUAAUGCCGAAUUUACUCUGAGCACGGUCCUAGCCUCCGUCUUAGUCCAAAACUUCUUCGCCUGGCGUAUAAGUAGAAUGACAAAGAUAUGGUGGGCGAUACUGGUAAUUCUGUUCAGCUUGCUUAAUUUUGCCUUCGGAACCGCGGUGUAUACUCGAGGGCAACUAUAUGCGAACACGCUGCAGCUUCCCAAAUGGAACCGGAAUCCCAUCAUCGGUUGGGCUGCAUUUCAGGCUGCCACAGACACUUCAAUCGCCGCAAUAAUGAUCAUCCAGUUGCGUCAUAAUCGAACCGGAUUCCGAAGGACAGAUAGAGCUAUCGCAGUACUGGUUAGGUACGCUAUUCAUAGCGGUGCAGCUACCAGCGUUCUUGCCAUGACGGUGUUAUUCCCGUAUAUCUUUUAUGGGAUGCACUUCCUGCAUAUGUGGUCUGUAGCGGCAUUGGGAGGAGUGUACACCAUCACUCUGCUAGCAAACCUGCAUGGCCGUAGUCAUGUCCGACAAUAUCUGUCACCAGGGCCUCAAGAAGAUGCUGGACAGUCAAUUCACUUAACCAAAUUGCCCAUUCUUUCUAGUCAAGGAUCCAACUGAAUGGGGGUCACCUGCACAGCAGUGUCACUCCUAUGCCGAUGCUAUGUAAAAUGUGUCACUUUUGAUGGCAUGUUCUGUUGUGGCAUUGUGACUUUUUCAUUCCUUGUGUGACCUUUCACUUGGUUUGUUCUUUUAAAAGUCCAACCAUACCCUCUUCUUCCUCCAGUACUUGUGUCUUGGUAAACAAUGUCUCUUUGAUAUCCUGAAUGAGUCAUACACUUUGCUCUUGACUGUUUUCAAUACCAUUUGGAAUCUAG